UGUAUUUUGUAGCAGUAUCGGCCAUUGAAACCCUCAAAGAACUGAUGUUGUCAUGCAGAAUUGGUUUUGGCGAUGUAUCCGAAGCAAGCAAUUUGGGUUGUCAGACUCGGUACUACGUUUGGUGCAAUUCUCUCGCCACGUCUGGUUCAAAUGCGACUGUUAGUUAUUUUUUAUUUAAUAAUUAUAUUAAAAUAUUUAAUAAAAAUUCAAAAAAGUAAAACCGAUAGUUGAUUUAAUUUUAAUUAGCUAUAAAACAGUUACUAAUUUAUAAUUUAUAUUCUAAUCAUUAAAUUGUAUUUGUUGAGCUUUGUAGGACAGAAACUUAUAAAACACUUCUUGGUUGGCACUUAGGCUCAAUUGAGGAUGCAUUUCUUUUGGUAAUUCUUAAACUCUUUGCAUCUAGCGGGUGGAGACAACUCGUCUAAAUUGCUUUAAAUUUACAAUGAACUUAAAAACCUUGCUGUUGAAUUGCUUUUUAGAUAUUAUGCUUUUAUAUUACAAAGUUUAGGAGCUGACAAAGGAAAAAAGGUUUCAAUUUGAAGGAAGAAGAAGAAGAAGAGAGAGUAGUAAUGUUUGUGGGCCCAAUAAAAACCUCCAACUCAGCAAAUUUAAACGGAAGUUAACGUUUAAGGUUUUGGCGUUAUAAGAAGUGCUUAAACGAACUGAUUUUUUUCCCUUUCAAAAAGAAAAAAUGAACUGAUCAUCUAGUGCUAAGGUUAUCUUCGGGCUAAAAAAUACAUGAGGGCCCAAGGUGACAGAAUGGACAAAUUUGGACCUUUUCUAAAAAAUUGUAAUUAUGCAAUUGUAUACUCCUCCAAUCCAAUACGUCCAUCUACAGUUAAGACUCUGAUUCUCUAAACUACUGUCAUUCCCGCCAGCAAAAGAAAUGAAUAAAAUGACUGUUAAUUUCUCCAGAUCAUCCCUUGCUCUCAACAAGUUCAUCAAAUCCCAGAAAAACCUCUCUGAACCAUCACCAAAAUUGUUUCCUAAUGAUCCCAAACCAACCCAGAUAACACCUACACUGGACCCAAAAGUGCUUGUGCUAGAUCUUAACCAUCAGCUUUUGCAAAAAUUAGAACUUUCUUGCAUUAAUAUUAAACAAUUCAAUCAAAUCCAUACUCAACUUAUAGUUUUGGGCCUCUUUCAACACCCUCUUGCUGCUGGUCGCUACAUAAAGAAGCUUUGCAACACUUAUUUCAAUUUACUUUCUCAUUGUGUUUAUUUGUAUGAUUACAUUGAACAGCCUGAUGCUUUUAUCUGUAAUACUAUAAUCAGAUGUUUUGUGAGUUUAAAUAACGACCCUUUUGGUGCUUUGAGAUUUUACUAUGAUAAAAUGAUUGCUAAGUGGGUUUUGCCUAAUCGUUACACAUUUCCACUUCUUGUUAAGGUUUGUGCUGAUAUUGGGUCUUUGAAAGAAGGCCAAAAGGCUCAUGCUUGUGUAGUGAAAUUUGGGUUUGAGUUUGAUGCUUAUGUUAGGAACUCUCUUUUGCAUAUGUACUCUGCUUGUGGGAGGGUUUUGGAUGCACGUCUGUUGUUUGAGAGCGGAUUUGUGUUGGAUUUGGUUAGUUGGAAUUCUAUGAUUAUUGGGUAUGUGAAGAAUGGAGAUAUUGGUCUUGCACGUGAGCUUUUCGAUGAGAUGCCUGAGAGAGAUGCUUUCAGUUGGAACUCAAUGAUUUCUGGGUAUGUUGGGGCAGGAGACGUGGAGGCUGCCAAAAAACUGUUUGAUAAUAUGCCAUCUAGAGAUGUUGUAUCUUGGAAUUGUAUGAUUGAUGGAUAUGCCAAGAUAAGAAAUGUUUCAGUGGCUCGUUGGUUAUUCAAUCAGAUGCCGUUCAGGAAUAUUGUUUCUUGGAAUAUCAUGUUGGCUCUAUAUUUGAAAUGCAAGAAUUAUGGUGAAUGCUUGAAACUGUUUGAUAGGAUGAUAGAAGAAAGAGAGUUAAGGCCAAAUAAGGCUUCUCUUAUGAGUGUUUUGACUGCAUGUGCGAAUUUUAGAAGGCUUGAUCUGGGCAAAUGGAUCCACUCUUAUAUUAAAGAUAAUGAGGUUGAAUCUGAUGAGUUACUUUCAACUGCUCUAUUGACAAUGUACGCAAAAUGUGGAAUGAUGGAUUUUGCUCGACAUAUUUUUACUAAGAUGCCUCACAAAAGUGUUGUAUCAUGGAAUUCUAUGAUCAUGGGAUAUGCUAUAAAUGGACAUGCAGAGAAAGCCCUGGAGACGUUCUUGGAGAUGGAGAAGAGUAGUAUGAUGCCAAAUGCAGCUACUUUUGUGAGUGUUUUAUCUGCUUGUUCACAUGCAGAACUACUCUUAGAGGGUUGGUGGUACUUUGAUCUAAUGCAAAGAAAAUAUAAGAUUGAACCAAAGGUUGAGCACUGUGGUUGCAUGGUUGAUCUCCUUAGACAAGCCGGUAUGGAGGAACAGCUGGAAGAACUUCUAAGAGAAGUGCACUUGGGGACAGAACAUACUUUAUUUGAAGCUUUUCUAUGUGCUUGUAAAACAUGCAAAUAUCCAGAGCUUGGAGAGAGUGUGGCGAAGCUACUAAUCAAGAUGUAUCCACAGGAUAUUACGCCCCAUGUGCUGUUAUCAAACAUAUAUGCUGGUGCAGGAAAGUGGGAUGAAGUAGAAAAAAUGAGAAAGAUAAUAAAUAAAAAAGGAUUAGGAAAAGAAAUUUUAUCUACCCUGAUUAACCUUGGAGAGUUUGGUCAGAAGCUGUCCUAGAAGACAGUUUGCGAACAAACAACAUUUUUGGAUGUGUGUAAACAGUGGACAGAGUCCAAGUACGGUAACACUAUGUAACAUACAAAGGUUAGUAAUCUAAUUACAAAUUGUUAGAUGAGGCUGUAUUAAUUUUUGUUAGAUGAGGCUGACAUGAAAAAUGACGUUGUCAUAUUGGUUCAGCAUCUCAAUUUUGAAAAGGUCAUAUGGUAUAUAUACCUGAUUACUCAAAAUAGAUGUUUCUGUUGUAAUCAUGCUUUUGGUCCUUCAAUUAUUGAAAUAAGACAAAGAUGAGAACUUUCCACA